GACGCGUUGGAGUCGCGAUUAGCACACGCGAAAUAAUACCAAAACGUUGUGCACGUAGGAGGAGCAUGGGUUUGCUGAAAAGCAUUCAGGAUGUUGAAAAAUGUGUAAACCAACAUUUGAAGCUUUCCAUCGAGGGUGCAAGCAUCGAGACGUUAAUGGAUAAUUGGCAGUCCACGCUCAAGAACUUGGUCCAGUUCAAAAGUCUAAUAGAAGAGUACGAACGAGGCGUAGAGCUUCAAAAGACCAUUCAAAAACUUUUAAAAGAAGGUGAGGAAUUAGAUGGAAAACUUGAAUCCUGUAUGGAGGAAUUGGCCGUUCUUCAUAAAGGCAUCGAACCAAAAAGUAUUCUUGAGGGAAAAAAACGGAAGGUGAGCCUCAAGAUGUUACUCGAGUACGGAGCAAAACUCGCAAAAUUUUCAUCUGCACCUCCAGGUUAUGACCCAGAAAAGGGCCAGGAGGGAAAUGCACCCGUUCAUUUCCCAUGGCCUUCUGAAGAUCAAAUGAGAAAAACAAAACUACUCCAGCUGGCCACAGAUAACUCUUCUCUUGAAGCAGGUCAAAUGGUUCAGGACGAAGAAAAACAACAAACGUCCGUCAAGGUUGAGAUUGACGAAGUACUUCCUUCCUUUGACAAGCCUGCUACAGAUUCAGCAGUAACGACCACAACUGGAUUAACUACCACUACUUCGCCGUCCAUGAUGCACGUUGAUCAAGGCACACAUCCUCCCCCUACUGCUCCUGUUGAAGAAAAGCCAGAUGUCUUUGCAGGCCUUGACUUGUAUGAUCCGGAAAACGACGAUUUGCUGUAGGGCCAAACGGAACACGUUUGUGCAUCGAUUUGGAACUAUUAAAUAUAUAAGAAGACAUUGGGUUUUCGCGAGCCAACUUUUUAUUCUCCCAAAAAGUCUCUUUCUUCAUUUUAUAUUUAUUUUGUUAUAGAAAGUUGGUAUAGAGAGCGAUACGUAAAUCGUUCGCCUUCCAAGUUCUCUCUCACCAGCAUACAACAUUACCGACCGAAGAAUUUGUCUUCAGCAUCGUUAUUCAUAACGACGGGCUGAACCGCAUGGAUAGGUUCAAAUCCAAAACUUUCGUCACGUUUUAAAACCAGUGUGCCUGAUGAGUGAAUGAUAUAACCUUUGACGUAUCCUUGGUCAAUAAGGGAGACACAGAUGCAUUCUACGUCUUCCUCGUCGUAGGUGUCAUCUUGCGUUGCAAACCGAGCAGCCGCAAGAAGCGCCGCACUUGCAACGUGCGGCGUUUUUUGGGUAGGAGAAAACGUGGUUAAAAAACUGCAUUGUUACUGUUAACACUCUUCUUCCAUUGUACAAACCGUCACUUACACUUUUCGAAACAGAUUUCGCCAAAGUACAAUCUCACAACGGUCACGCAGGGUAAGGUAGAUGUUGCGUUUUACAAACCAACGAAGUCGAUUUGGCGCUUCCAAUGCAUCAAUAAAGCCUUUUAUGUUGCCCACCUUCAGACAUGCGAUUAACGGUGAAAACAUGGGUUCUAGUUGAAAUUGCAUCAUCAGCUGUUUUGUGGGAGACCUUCCAAGAAUGAGUUGGCAUACGAUUAGAUACAGAAGACAAAGUCUGGUGUAAUGCCCAGUUAGUAUUCGUGCAAAGAUUCUGUCAACGAGACAUACCGUUUUUGUACGUGUGCCUCAUCUGGACAUUGCUGAAAGGCUGUGCUUAGAUGACGGUAAGCUUGGUGAAUUUGAUGCUGGUACAGGUAGCAACGUCCUGUAUAAUACUCGAACGUCACUCUCUCUGCUGUCGUUCCAAGUGAAAGCGUGACUCCGGAAGAUAUAAUAUUUGUCUGAAUUGUAUGGCAUAGACGCACUUGUUGCAUACGAAAAUAUAGCCGAUUCAACAGGUUGGCAACAGUGAACACGGCUUCUCUUUUGGAACCUUUAAAGUUCGUUUGCCGAUCACUCAGUACGAUGUUAAACAUGCGGAAGACAUCUCGAGAUGUGUCACUGACAUAUUUGUUUGGGCCCUCUGAUUCACGAUCGAGGGCAAGAGAAAUAUUCACAUAAAACUUGGAAGCACUUUCAACGAGCUGAACCAUCCAAGCGGUGUCUUGACUUGAGAAACAAGUCGCAAGACAUCUAUUUUAUGUCUUGUUAGAUACACACAUAUCCAGUAACAAAAAUAAUUAGUUAUCGACAUCUCACAUACGUAUAAAAAUGUUUCAGAGACAUCCAUGUCUUUUCCUUAUACUCAUCCAAC